UAAGGCCAUCGGGAGCCGUCACCUGACAGCGGUCCCGGUGGCGGACUACUGUCCUGCCUGGUGGCCGCUGCCCGGCCAUCCCAAAAAAGCGCCCGCGACUCGCUCUACUUGCAGGAAGGUGGAACCUGCCUCGUGCGCAGACGGUACCUCCGGGCGGGGGUUUCCAGGCUCUGGGACCAGGAGCCCCUGCCAGGGGACCGAGCUGGACCUUCCGGUUCCCUCCACGGCCACAGUCCCCGCCUGCUUUUCUUCCACGUGAAGACGCACAGACAAGCAGGCGGAAGAGUGUUUUCACCUCUGGCCACCAAGCAGGCACCCUUGCUUCGAGUGGUGGGAAAGCUUGAGCCCCUUCUUGCUCAGGGAUUCCACCCACACAGCCACGUGAGGCCCUAGGAGCUCUGGAAGAUGAAGUUCGGCUGUCUGUCCUUUCGACAGCCUUAUGCAGGUUUCAUCUUAAACGGUGUCAAGACCCUGGAGACGCGGUGGCGGCCCGUGCUACGCGGCCACCAGCACUGUACCCUGGCAGUCCACAUCGCUCACCGGGACUGGGAGGAUGCAGUCUGGUGGGAGCUGCUGGAGCAGAGGCUGGGGAUGAGCCCCACCCAGAUCCAGGCCUUGCUGCAGGACGGGGACAAAUUCGGCCGCGGAGUGAUCGCAGGUCUCGUGGACAUUGGGGACACUUUGCUGUGCCCAGAAAACCUAGAUCCUGAAGAGGUGGAGGAGCUGGAGAAUCAAGCCCUGUUGUCCGACCUGCAACAGAAGUACCUGACUGUGCUCACCAAUCCCCGCUGGCUGUUGCAGCCCAUCCCUGGAAGGGGCGGGAAGGACAUCUUCCUGGUGGACAUCCCCCAGCACCUGAUCCCCCUUGGGCAGGAGGCCUGUCCAAGCUGGGCUUUCAAAAGGUGACCAAGA